AUGGCGAUGGUAGUACUCCUUUCGUUACCGUCUCUGCUUUUCCUUUCGUCGUCCGGCGACGCGUAUAAGUACCCCAUGGACGCAGAGUUUGUGAGGAAAUGCGUGGACGAGCACAACCGGUACCGUUCCGGGGUGACACCGGGAGCCGGUAACAUGUACUUCAUGAGUUGGGAUGCAGGUCUGGCUAAAACUGCAAGCGCAUGGAGCAAGACUUGCAGCUCUAAACAUAAUCCACACCUGAAGAGAAAAGGAGAAGCCCAUCCGAUUUUUGAGACUGUAGGAGAAAAUAUCUAUGUUGUAUCAGGCCGCUUUACUAUUGAAAAUGCUAUCAAAGAAUGGUAUGAUGAAGAAAAAUAUUAUGAUUUUGAUAACAAUAAAUGCAACAAGAAAAACAUGUGCGAACGUUAUACCCAGCUUGUUUGGGGAGAAAGUUAUAAACUUGGCUGUGCAGCUAAUUACUGUCCCAAAGGGAUUAAAGAUUCUAAAAUUGAAAAAGAUGGAUCAGUGUUUGUGUGUAACUACUCACCCAGUGGAAAUCGUGAAGGACAGUCACCAUACAGUAAAGGAGCACCUUGUACAGCUUGUGGUUCGGAUUUUUGUAGGAGCAAUUUAUGCAGUGAACCAGAUCGUGAAGAAAUUUCCCAAUACCCCGAAUGGAAUCCAGACUUUGGAUCAGCCUCCAUUUUAUUGUCAAACUGCCUUCUGACAUUUAUGUCUAUUACUUUAACACACAUUCUAUGGUGAUAACUUCUCAGAUAUAUCCCAUGCAUUUCUGGCACUACUUUGUUUUCUUCUGGCUCAACUAGGUGGAUGUGAGGUACUGAGAAACUGAAUUCUCUCCCAACAAUACUGCUUCAUGAU